UUUGGGGACAUUUCUUCUUCAUCUGGCUGGAGGAGGAUCGACACAGCAGCAGGCUCUGGAAGCAGCUUGUUGAUGGCACUGCGCACCGGGAGGACUUGGUUUGGGCAGGUCUUGCGCAGGGUCUCUCGGCUGCAGGGCUCCUGGUCCAGAAGAUCCAGCAGUCUCUUGUGUCUCUCCGCGAACCAGGAGCAGGAUCUGGGGGUGUGUUACCGGGAUCACUACAAGGCUCGGGAUUUCCACGCGUGCCCGGACUCCGGCGUCCGCCACGGCCAGCGUCCCCGGAGCGCACCUUCCUGCGCCUCCGCCCCCGGGCGCUGCUGCUGCCGUCCACACGGCUUCCCCACCGCCCGCCGCUGCUGCGCCUUCCCGGGGAACCCGAGGGGACAUGAGCCCCUCGGCCGCCGGUUCCUGUUGGCCAUGAAGCGGCAAAACGUGCGGACCUUGUCCCUGAUCAUCUGCACGUUCACGUACCUGCUCGUCGGGGCCGCCGUCUUCGACGCCCUGGAGUCCGACUUCGAGAUGCGCGAGAAGGAGCAGCUGGAAGCGGAGGAGAAGCGUCUCCAGGGGAAAUAUAACAUCAGCGAGGAUGACUACCGCAAGCUGGAGACCAUCAUCAUGGAGGCUGAGCCCCACAGAGCCGGGGUGCAGUGGAAAUUCGCGGGGUCAUUUUACUUUGCCAUCACGGUGAUCACCACCAUAGGCUACGGGCACGCGGCGCCGGGGACCGACGCAGGAAAGGCCUUCUGCAUGUUUUACGCCGUCCUGGGAAUCCCUCUGACUCUCGUCAUGUUCCAGAGUCUGGGCGAGCGGAUGAACACUUUCGUCAAGUACCUGCUGAAACGCAUCAAGAAGUGCUGCGGCAUGAGCAUCACCGACGUCUCCAUGGAGAACAUGGUGACGGUGGGGUUUUUCUCCUGCAUCGGCACGCUUUGCAUCGGCGCCGCCGCCUUCUCCCAUUACGAGGACUGGAGCUUCUUCCAGUCCUACUAUUACUGUUUCAUCACAUUAACGACUAUAGGCUUUGGGGACUUCGUGGCCCUUCAGAAGAACCGGGCCCUCCAGAAGAAGCCCCUGUACGUGGCCUUUAGCUUCAUGUACAUCCUGGUGGGCCUGACGGUCAUCGGGGCCUUCCUCAACCUGGUGGUGCUCCGCUUCCUGACUAUGAACAGCGAGGACGAGCGGCGGGACGCCGAGGAGCGGGCGUCGCUCGCCGGGAACCGCAACAGCAUGAUCAUCCACAUUCAGGACGAGACGCUGCCGCGGGGGAGGCGGCGGCGCGAGGCGCCGUACCGGGCGGAGGUGACGGACCUGCAGUCGGUGUGCUCCUGCAUGCACUACCACUCGCACGACUUCGGCAGCUCUGGGGGCGGGAUGGGAGGGCUGGGCUGCGCCUUCUCCCACCAGAACUCCUUCAGCUCGCAGCUGAACCCCCACCAGUACUUUCACUCGGUCUCCUACAGGAUCGAGGAGAUCUCGCCCAGCACCUUGAAAAACAGCUUCUUCCCCUCGCCCGUCAGCUCGGUGUCGCCGGGCCUCCACAGUUUCUCGGACAAUCACCAGCUCAUGAGGAGAAGGAAAUCUAUCUGAACUCCCGCAGGCGCUCACGGGGACAAACCAGUUUCCCUGUUUUCUACACAAGGUCAAACACUUCUGAUGCUGCUCCUUGCCCAAACCUUAUGUCGGCACUUUGGAUAUCCUCAGUUUGGUUGUAUGUAAUAUAAGUAUUCCUGGGAAGACGUGAGGGACAGCCGAACAGCAAGCCUGGACACUCUGGGAUGCAAAGCAUGAAGCAUGGAUGUCUAUUUUUUCAAGAGAUUUGCUCCAUUUAAGGGAAACGCACUCACAUGAACACAAAAAAGACUUUCCUUAUUACACAUUUACACGACAAAAAUUGAUAUAUUUACCUUUGGUUUCAUACCAAAUGAUGCACACUGGGGAAAUACUAUUUUUCAAAGAGAGUAUGCUUGUUUCACCUUAACUUGAAGAAACAUUGAUCAUUAUGUAAUAUUCCAUUGCGUCAUCUCAGACAGAGAGUUUAAAAUGACCUAUCAGGUAUUGUUUUCAAUAAGCAAUCAUGUAUUUAAAUGGUUUUGCCACACAUCAAGCCAAAAUAAUUGUUGCCAAUAUUAGCAUGUGCAUUAGAUGUCAUUUUACGAGUACGCCAUGGCUUUGUGACAUUGUUUCGUCUGUUUCCGGAGGAGUCGGGCAAAGAGGUGACUUGUAUUGGAUUCAA